GCCGGGGCAGAGGGAAGGGCCGCGGGCUGGGAGCCGGGGAAACCGGAGCCCCGGGCGGGCGUCCCCAAGGCCCGCGGUGGGACCGGCGGGAGGUGGGCGCCCAGUUUCCCAGGGCUCUUCAGCGAGAGGAAGGCAGGCGCUGCGGACACUCGCGCGAGGGGGACGCAGGCACCCGGGUGCUCCCGUCCCGUGGGGGACCACGGGGGUGGCGCCAGGGGCUAGGACGCGACAAGUGUGGAGGCGGUGCUGGCGAUCGCCGGCGUCUCGGGCCCAGCGUGCAGCGCACACCGUCCCGUGCAGCAGCUGGUCCCCAAUGCCGGCCCCGACGGCGCUGGGCUCUCAUGCGCUCCAGUGCAGCACCCCGGGCCCGGCCCCGACCCCCAGCCUUGGCAUUGCCCCUAGGACCGGAGUCACUGACCCAUUUCUCCUUCAGCGAGGAGGACACUCUUCGACACCCUCCGGACAGAUGUGUCAGUUUUGCAUGACAGGUAUGGACACACAGGCCCCCUGCCCUAGUGUGCCAAGACUUGACAUCCGGUCCUACAAACAGCGGUGGCACCCUGAGCCGGCCUGGUGGACACGCGCCAGAGCCGGCACUCAACCUCCCAGUGACCUUCACAGAGCCAACCAGUCCUUUCUACAGAGGCUUCCUGGCACCUCCUCUGAGGCAAGCAGCUUGGAUGCAGAAAAUGGGCCGACAGCAUCCCCUGGCCGCAGCCCCCUGGACUUGCAGGCGAGCCCAGGGCUUGUGCUGCACGCGGGGGCCGCCAGCCAGCGCCGGGAGUCCUUCCUGUAUCGCUCAGACAGCGACUACGACAUGUCACCGAAGACGAUGUCCAGGAACUCCUCUGUCGCCAGUGAAGCGCAUGCUGAAGACCUCAUCGUGACACCGUUUGCCCAGGUGCUGGCCAGUCUCCGCAACAUUCGAAGCAACUUCUCGCUCUUAACCAAUGUGCCCAUCCCCAGCAACAAGAGGUCCCCACUGGGCGGCCCACCCUCUGUCUGCAAGGCCACACUGUCAGAGGAGACAUGCCAGCAGCUGGCCCGGGAGACCCUGGAAGAGCUGGAUUGGUGUCUAGAGCAGCUGGAGACCAUGCAGACCUACCGCUCUGUCAGCGAGAUGGCCUCACACAAGUUUAAAAGGAUGCUGAACCGAGAACUCACACACCUGUCGGAAAUGAGCAGGUCGGGAAACCAGGUCUCAGAAUACAUUUCCAACACGUUCCUAGACAAGCAGCACGAGGUGGAGAUCCCAUCGCCCACACCUCGACAGAGAGCCUUCCAGCAGCCCCCGCCAUUAGUGCCGCGACAGUCCCAGCCCAUGGCUCAGAUCACAGGGCUGAAGAAGCUGGUUCACACCGGAAGCUUGAACACCAGUAUCCCACGAUUUGGAGUCAAGACAGAUCAAGAGGACCUCUUAGCACAAGAACUGGAGAACUUGAGCAAGUGGGGCCUGAACAUCUUCUGUGUGUCGGCGUACGCCGGAGGUCGUUCUCUCAGCUGUAUCAUGUACACGAUAUUCCAGGAGCGGGACCUACUGAAGAAAUUCCACAUCCCCGUGGACACCAUGAUGAGGUACAUGCUGACCCUGGAGGACCACUACCAUGCCGAUGUGGCCUACCACAACAGCCUGCACGCAGCCGACGUGCUGCAGUCUACGCACGUGCUGCUGGCCACGCCCGCACUGGACGCGGUGUUCACAGACCUGGAGAUUCUUGCUGCCCUCUUCGCUGCUGCCAUCCACGAUGUGGACCACCCUGGUGUCUCCAACCAGUUCCUCAUCAACACCAAUUCGGAACUGGCGUUGAUGUACAACGAUGAGUCUGUGCUUGAGAACCACCACCUGGCUGUGGGAUUCAAGCUGCUGCAAGAAGAGAACUGCGACAUCUUCCAGAACCUCAGCAAGCGCCAGCGGCAGAGCCUGCGCAAGAUGGUCAUCGACAUGGUGCUGGCCACAGACAUGUCCAAGCAUAUGACCCUCCUGGCUGACCUGAAGACUAUGGUGGAGACAAAGAAAGUGACCAGUUCCGGAGUUCUCCUGCUGGACAACUACUCUGACCGGAUCCAGGUCCUCAGGAACAUGGUGCACUGUGCAGACCUCAGCAACCCCACCAAGCCCCUGGAGCUGUAUCGACAGUGGACCGAUCGCAUCAUGGCCGAGUUCUUCCAGCAAGGUGACCGAGAACGGGAGCGCGGAAUGGAGAUUAGCCCCAUGUGCGACAAGCACACGGCCUCUGUGGAGAAGUCUCAGGUGGGCUUCAUCGACUACAUCGUGCACCCACUGUGGGAGACGUGGGCCGAUCUCGUCCACCCUGACGCCCAAGACAUCCUGGACACGCUGGAAGACAACCGGGAUUGGUACCACAGUGCCAUCCGGCAGAGCCCCUCCCCACCCCUGGAAGAGGAGCCAGGAGGCCUUGGAGACCCCGCCCUGCCUGACAAGUUCCAAUUUGAGCUCACCUUGGAGGAGGAGGAGGAAGAGGAUUCACUGGAGGUCCCAGGAUUGCCUACCACUGAGGGAACCCUCCUGGCUCCAGAUACCAGAGCUCAAGCGAUGGACCAGUCACAGGCCACGGGCCAGAGCACUGCAGUGGCGGAGGCGGCCUCAGCAUACGGUGCUCCUGAGGAGUCCAUGGAGGCUGUGGGCUGUUCCUUCAGCCCUGGAACCCCUAUUCUGCCUGACUUGAGGACCCUAUCCCCCUCAGAGGAGGCCCCGGGCCUCCUGGGCCUCCCCUCCACGGCGGCAGAGGUGGAGGCCCCAAGAGACCAUCUGGCUGCCACGAGGGCUUGUUCUGCCUGCUCUGGGACAUCAGGAGACAAUUCCGCCGUCCUCUCUGCUCCAGGCAGGUGGGGGUCAGGUGGAGACCCUGCCUGAUCCCUUUUCCCUUCACCCGUGGGUCUUCCCCCCUCCCCACACUCUCCACUCACCACAGACCACCUCAACGACUCCUGGCCCUCCUGAGAAAAAAGAAAACAGAAAAGUGGGGUUUUUUCUCUUUUCUUUUUUUCACCCUUCCCCCCCUGCCCUUGCCCAAAGGGCCUUUUUUUUGAGGUGGGGUAUGGGGAGCCAGGAACUGAAGUCCCCCAAAAAAGGGAUUUUAUUUUUUUGAAUUUUAAUUGUAACGUUUUUAGAAAAAGAACAAAAAGGAAAAAAAAAAAAAAGAAUGAAACACAUCAGCUGUAGAUGCUCUCCCCACCCCGUGCCUAGGCCCGCCUCCGUUCCUCUUCACCCCGCCUCUCACCCAUUCCUGGGCCCACCUCCUUUCCCCUUCACCCCGCCCAUCACCCAUGCCUGGGCCCACCUCCUUUCCCCUUCACCCCGCCCAUCACCCAUGCCUGGGCCCACCUCCUUUCCCCUUUACCCCGCCCAUCACCCAUGCCUGGGCCCACCUCCUUUCCCCUUCACCCCGCCCAUCACCCAUUCCUGGGCCCAC